AAUGAAUUAUAUAAACAAUAUGAUAAUAUAAAAUUAGAUCAAUCUAAUCCUACUCCUUUAUCUCCAACUUCAUCACAACAACGAAAAAAAAAAUCACUUUUUGAUGCCUUUACCAGUCCAAAAA